AUGUCCAGAUUAGAAAUUUACUCGCCAGAAGGUUUACGCUUAGAUGGAAGACGUUGGAAUGAAUUGCGCAGAUUUGAAUGUUCUACAACAAAUAGUGGAAACCAUGAUGGUUCUUCUUAUUUAGAACAGGGCCAAAACAAAAUAAUAACCAUAGUUAAUGGUCCUAUGGAACCCAACAAUAGAUCCCAAAUUAAUCAAUCUAAUGCUAUCCUAAAAGUAUCUAUAAAUAUAACAAAAUUUAGUAAAAUGAAAAGAAGUAAAAGUUCACACAAAAAUGAAAAAAGAGUUUUAGAAAUGCAAAUUGCAUUAGAAAGAACAUUCAAUGAAAGCAUCAUGCUACAUUUAUAUCCACGUACUUUAAUUGAGAUCAGCAUACAUGUUUUACAGCAAGAUGGCGGAUUGAUGGGCUGUUUAAUAAAUGGAAUAACUUUAGCAUUGAUUGAUGCUGGUAUAUCGAUGUAUGACUAUAUAAGUGGUGUUUCCAUUGGAUUACUAGAUCAACAACCCUUACUUGAUUUAAAUUAUUUAGAAGAAACUGCAAUGAGUAUGGUUACUAUUGGAGUGUUGGGAAGAACCGAGAAACUUUCUAUGUUGUUAGUUGAGGAUAGAAUUCCGUUAGACAGACUAGAAAGCGUUUUGAGUAUAGGAAUCGCUGGUGCCCAUAGAAUUAGAGACUUGAUGGACUCCCAAUUAAGAAAGAAUGGUGCAAAAAGAUUAUCCAAGAUAAAUAAAUAA